AUGAAAUGGUAUAUUAUUACGGCUUUUCUUUUAACAAGUUAUGGUUUUUUAAAAGAAUUUAGACCAACAGAACCAUAUUUAUAUGAUUAUGAAAUACAUGUACAAAAUUUAUCUGAUAGUGAUUUAAAUAAUAAAAUAUAUCCAUGGUCAACAUAUAGUUAUAUGAUUUUUUUGAUACCAGUAUUUUUUUUUACUGAUGUAUUAUUAUACAAAGUAGUACUUGCACUAGAAAGUAUAUGUUUUAUUGUUACAUGGGCUCUUAUUAUUUUUGAAAAAUCUGUAGCAUCACAAGUAUUGAUGCAAAUAUUUUAUGGAGGUGCCACAGCAACUGAAAUUGCCUACUUCUCAUAUAUCUAUGCAUAUUAUGAUGAAAAAUAUUAUAGAAAACUUACAAUUGGAUCAAGAGUUUCAUUAAAUUUUGGUAAAUGUGUUAGUUAUUUUUUUGCUCAAUUAAUUAUUCAAAAUAACUCAUCUGGAUAUAGUAUUUUAAAUUAUACCUCACUAGGAAGUUUAAUACUAGCAUUUAUUUUUGUUAUAUUUCUUCCAAAUAUUGACUGGAAGAAGUUACGUAUUGAAAUUGAAAAAACUAAUAAAGAUAUAUAUAUUGAAUCAUAUAAAGAUUAUGCUCUAUUUAAAAUAAAAUCAAUAUGGAAAUCAACUAAACAACUAUUUAAUAAUCAAUCAAUUUAUGUUUGGUCUUUGUGGUGGAUUCUAUCAACAUGUGGAAAUUUUCAGAUUGGUAAUUAUAUACAACCUUUAUGGGCAUCUGCAACAGACUACUCCACAUCAAAAUCUAAUUAUAAUGGUCUUAUUGAAGCAAUUUGUCCCUUACUAUCUAUCAUUACAAUCUUCAUAACUCAAUGGAUAAUCAGUUAUAAAAAAUAUUUAUCAUUAGUAUCUAUUUUCUUAGCUGCUGGAAUAAGCUUUGUUUCACUACUUAUAAUGUCAUAUUCAACAUCAAUUUUUGUAAUGUAUGCACUAUAUUUAAUUUAUAGAGUUAUAUAUCAGGCAAUGAUAACAGUAUCACAAUAUGAAAUAUCAAUGGCUACAGAUCCAUCAAAUCUAGGAUUUACCUUUGGUGUAAAUACAUUUUUUUCUCUUGUUCUCCAAAGUUUGUUAACAUUUAUUGUUGCUGAUAAAACAGUAUUAGGUCUUCCAAUAAGAAAACAAUUUAUGAUAUAUGCUUAUUAUCAUCUUUUUAUUUUUAUAUUGCUUAUAUUAUAUAUUUUAUAUAAAAUUAUAAAGAAAAAAAAAUGA